AGUUGUUUACUACAGACCUAGAGAUAAAAUGACGUCACACAUUCCUUAGGCACCAAAUAUUCCUUAGGCGGUUCAAGGAUCGUUCAGACAAGGAGAAACACAAUAUUCCUGGAUUCCAGUGCCAAGAGGAUGGACUACGCCUGCGCAACAUCGAAGAAGAAGAACGUAUCCUGGGAAAUUGUGCUCUGAAAAACCUGAAAAACUUGUGUAGGGUUAAUUAGUCAUAUCAGCCCUGUCGUCCUAUGGAGACACCAAACACUUGUCUCCGUCGUUCUUCACAGUCUUUGAGGUCCAACAACCAAAGAGAUGGAAACAGAUUGUCCUCAGUCUGAGUUGAACUCAGUAAAAGUGGAAGAACCUCAGGAAAUUCAAACAUACCGCAGAUGUAAUAUUGUGGCGUUCCUGAAGAGAAACACUUUUGUUAUCCUCACAGUUAUAGCUGUUCUAUCAGGAAUUGGUCUGGGCUUUGCUCUACGACCCAUUAACAUGUCAGACAGGGAUGUAAGAUACUUAAUGUUUCCCGGAGAGAUGCUGCUGAGAAUCCUGCAGAUGCUGAUUCUUCCUCUCAUCGUUUCAAGUCUGAUUUCAGGCACGUCGUCUUUUGACAGGAAAGCUUAUGGGAGAAUUGGACUGAGGGCGGUUUGCUAUUACCUGCUCACCACACUUAUUGCUACAGUCACUGGUAUCCUUUUAGCCGUCAUCAUCCAGCCAGGGAACUGGUCCAGGAACACCUCGGCCUCCUCUGGUGGUAGAACGGAGGCUGUGCAGAAUGUGGACGCUGUUCUGGAUCUAAUCAGAAACAUGAUCCCCUCCAAUCUGGUUGAAGCUUGUUUCAGAAAGUUUAAAACAGUUUAUUCCAGAAGUGUUUCUACAGGAUUUAAUAUCACUGAGGCCGGUGAGAACAACAACACUGUACCAGUGCCGGGCUCGUCAGAUGGUAUGAAUAUGUUGGGGCUGUUGGUCUUCUCCGUGGCCUUCGGCCUCAUUCUGGGCGGCAUGGGGUCUCAGGGAAAACCUCUGAGGGAUUUCUUUGACUGCCUCAAUCAAGCUAUUAUGCAUCUGGUCAACAUAUUCAUCUGGUACUCCCCUGUGGGAAUCUUCUUCCUGAUGGCAGGGCAGGUUGUGAAGAUGACAGAUAUGGGAGCGAUGGGCCAGGAAGUAGGGAUGUACACUCUCACUGUGAUUGCUGGCCUGGUGGUUCACAGUUUCCUCACUCUGCCCCUCAUCUACUUUUCUGUCACACGAAAGAAUCCCUUCAGAUUCAUGAGUGGUGUUCUGCAGGCUCUCGCCACCGCCUUUGGGACGUCAUCAAGCUCUGCAACUUUACCUGUAACUCUUCACUGCAUGGAGGUCAAUCACAGCAUGGACACACGGGUGACCCGCUUCUUGCUUCCUACUGGCGCCACAAUGAACAUGGAUGGUGGAGCCCUCUAUGAAGCAGUGGCAGCUUUAUUCAUAGCCCAGCUACAUAAUAUGAAUUUUGACCUGGGUCGAAUCAUCGUCCUCAGUGAUCGUUUGAGGACAACCACCAACGUACUGGGAGACUGUAUUGGUGUCGGUGUGGUUCAGCAUCUGUCCAGACGUGAGCUGCAGAACCCCGGGCCUGCAGGAGAAAGUUUGAUGGAAGAAAACCUCCAUCUAUGAGUUUCAUGAUACUUGACAACAUCAUUUUCUAUAAGCUCAUGAUUCGUGAUUUCCUGGUUUGAAUUACCAAAUCAAAGCAGACUUUCGGAGAAAAUUAUAUUUGACUUGUGUUCAUUUGACAUGCCUUGGCUUCACUUUUGAGCAACUUGCAGUCUGUUGGCCAUGAUUAUCUAAAGUCUGUUGUGUAACGUAGCAUAUAACUCACUGUAGUGGUCAGGGUUCUUCACAGGGAGCACUCUGCCACCACCUGGUGGUAGGAAUGUCAGUGACCCAGUUACAUAUGUUAUUCAUAUAGGCCUAUAUUGAACUGUUUAAUAUUUUAUGGUGCUACAUUUUAUGGAAUCAAACACAGCACAAUGCUUCACUGCAACUGAAAUUAUUGUGGUGUGUGUGUUUACUCUGCAAAAAGAUUCUGGUUUAUUGAAUAAAAACUCAACAUGAGAAGAUCCUUUCACCUACUGACGAUUCAAAACAUCUUCUGAUAGUGAAGCACUCGAAACAAGACAAUUCAAAGUUCAGAGAACCUUUCUUGGAAACAAGAUCUACUUUAAAUAAAACAUUAAAACAA